UUACAUUCAUUCACUUUAUUGAAUUGUAAGACAUUCCCUUUUCUUUCUCAGCCCUUGGAACCAAAAUUUGCCGUUGUUUUAAUGAAAUGGCCGGGUAAGAAUCCCAAACUUCCUUCCAUUUUGCUCAACUCACAUACUGAUGUUGUUCCUGUGUAUGAGGAACAUUGGAAACACGAUGCUUUUGCUGCGAUCAAGGACGACAACGGGAAUAUUUAUGGCAGGGGAACACAAGACAUGAAGUGUGUUGGGGUUCAGUAUUUAGAAGCAAUACGUGAGCUUAAGAAGCAAGGAGUUCAACUUGAAAGGGAUGUGUAUAUAUCGUUCCUACCAGAUGAAGAGAUAGGAGGGAAAAAAGGAAUGGCAGAAUUCAUGAAAACCGAUGAUUUCAAAUCAAUUAACCUUGGCUUGGCAUUGGAUGAAGGGUUAGCUCAUACUGGGAAUAAAUAUUCUGUGUUUUAUGGGGAACGCUCCCCUUGGUGGAUCAGAGUAAAGUGUAAGGGGAAUCCUGGGCAUGGGUCUCAAUUCAUUGAAAACAACGCAGGAGAAAAAAUUCGACGAAUGAUAAACUUUCUUCUGGAUUUCCGAGAGAAAGAAAAACUUAAGUUGAAAAACGCUGAGUCGUGCAUUAUGCUCGGUGAUGUCACAACUGUCAAUCUGACGCAACUAGAGGGUGGACUAGCGUACAACAUCGUACCAGCAGAGUUAGUUGCAACGUUUGACUUAAGAGUUGCGCUCACCGUUGAUUUUGAGGCGUUUGAACAGCAGUUAAAAGAUUGGUGCGAAGCAGCUGGUGAAGGUGUCACUUACGAAUUCAUUCAUAAAGUAAAGAGAGGAGCCACCACGUGCACGGAUGAUACCAAUCCAUGGUGGGCGGCGUUUACCACAGCUGUGAAAAAAUUGGGAAUGGAGAUUAGUGUUGAAAUAUUUCCUGCAGCUACGGAUAGUCGUAUGCUAAGACAGGAAGGCUACCAAGCAAUCGGGUUUAGUCCAAUGAGGAACACACCCAUUCUACUGCACGACCACAAUGAGUUUCUUAACGAGAAGAUCUUUCUAGAAGGAAUUCGAGCUUAUUGUUCGAUUAUUCCGGAACUUGCAAAUCUUCCAGAAUUCUAAUUUUACUCAGAAGCGUAUUCAAGAUUCUUUUUAAUUUUUGUAUUCAAUUUUGCCUCAAUUGUGUAAAGUUCCGUAAUUGUUCAAUGUUUUGGCAAUUUAAAAUAAUGUCUUUAACUCAUUAUCUUAAUAUGAUAUAUCUUUAUGUUUUCAAUCAAGUUUAAGAAGAUCAAAUUAAUUAAAACAUUGAAGAGAAGGAUAUAAAUGAAAAACGACAGUUCCUUAAACACGUCAUGACUAAAAUACAUGGGAAAAAACACAAGUGUACAAAGAAAACAACACUUACGUUUUUUGUUACUGUGUGUGUUCAAACUUACAAAUUUAGAGACAGUUUCCUGAUAUCUUAAUAAUAAACUGGCAUCACUGAAUUUGGUCAA